AUGUCCGAGGCACCGAAGAAUUUGUUCAGCGAAGACAGAACGGCGUGGUCUCUGGUCGGCCUUGCUGUGCGACAUGGCUACCUUCAGCGCCUUGACCAAGCUGCGUUCCCGAAUAACAAUAGCAGUGACUCUAAGGAACGAGCGGAUCAAAAUAGGCUUGUGUGGGCAAAUAUCAGUCAGACUGGGACAGUCCUUCUGGUCCCGGGCCCCUCCCUCGCGGCCAAAUUCGCAGCCCAUGAUUUCCCGACUCUCCAGCCACGCCCCGAGAAUGGGCAUCAAGAUUACGCAUCUGUCCUGCAAGCGUCCAUGGAGCUAGUUCAGAUCCUGCACAAUGCUCACGCCGUCCUCUACUCCUCCAAGGAACGAACACUAGCAAUGGUCUAUGAAGGGAAUUACGCCCGGUAUCUCGACGACUUCCGCAACGCAGCGACAACUUGGCACUCGACGUGGUCUGCCUUGGCGAUCUCCCCGAGUAUCAAGAGCACACUGCUCAUCAUGUACGAGUACAUUUCGCUGUAUACCAAUGCCUUUUCCUUCCAGGCUGUCCUGACAAGGGCCUCGGACCCGCGCACGUCGACAGCCCCGCGGCAGACAAGCAAGGGCGCAUUUGCAGGACUGUUGUCGAAUGGGAUUAUGGCCUCUCCCGAUGGCCGGUAUAUCUUUGAUGCUAUCAGCGCAGCAAUGAACCUCCUCAGUCUAAUGAACGGUCUCGACCCGCACCGGGAUUUAUGUUACCUUCCCUCUCGUUACUACUUAUACGGAGUCUACGCCGCGGUCCUCCUGCAUAAAGCCAACUGUGCCGGCGCGUUCCAACCCAACCAGCGUCAUGAGGUAACAUCCCUCGCGCGAAAAUUUGUGUCCUGUCUUGAACAAGCCCCGUCCACGGAAUCACACAUCUGCCACAGCUACAGCCGCAUGCUGAAGCAGCUCUGGAGCGCCCGAGAAAGGAAGACCAAGCCUACUGGUACUCCCAAACCUGCGCCUCCAAGCAGUACAACGGACCUUUAUCACCACCACGAAAUACUCGCAGCACAUCAGCAGCCUAUGCCUCAGACAACUGAGCAGACGACGCCUUCCGACAGUUUUAGCCCGUCCAGGUUCUUCGAGUCUCUACCAGGAGAGGCCGACGGAACCGCCACGUUUCCUUCUAUUGAAGGAUACUUACUGGGGUCGUUUAUGCCCGGCGUUGCGGAUUUCAGUACCCCUGGCUUGGGGGCCGGGUUUGCGCAGCAUUCGUUUGGUGAGGGGUUUCAGGAUUGGGGCUUAUAUUAA